AACAAUCCGAAGUGAUUGAUAAAAUAACCACAAUGGAAGUGAAUCAAACUUUGAAGGACGAUGAGAAUGAGGAUGAGAUCUCUUUGCAGCCGAGCGGCAGUCGCACUCUGGCCAAAUCCCGUUUGAAUCCCGAAGCAGCCGAGUUUGUGCCCAGUUUGUCCAGUCAUUUGCUGGCCACCAAAAUAUUCGAUGAGUUAGUGAACUACACUCGCUGGAGCAGCAACAACAACUUGGAGGAGGAUAUCUCGUAUGGACCACGUCACGAUGCCAUUUGGAGCGAGAGCUUCAAUCAAUUCGAAACCCAAUCGAUUCACAUGGAAUCCUCACAGCACCUGGAACAAUUGUCGCUGAAGGAACGAUCUGGCAGCGAUGUGGAUCCCGAUGCUGCAUCGGGGCCAAGAGGACGCUGUUGUCCCUGCCAACUCAUGUAGAGUGUGCCAGUGUGUGUGGGAAUGUGUGUGUGCCUGUGUGUAUUUGUGUGUGCUUAGCCUUUUGGGUGCUUUUAUCCCACACUCAUUAAAGUGCAUAAACUCU